AUGACUGAGAAAUCAAGUCUCGGAAAAAGUGUGCUAAAAAGACAUGAAGUCGCCCGGCCUGUACAUCUUCAGUUCUUGGAAGCCGCCCUAGAUAUCCGACCCUUCGUCAACCAAGUUGAGAAGAUAUUAAAUUCUGAUGGAGACAGUGAUAGUGAUGAUUCAGAGAUACUAUCCAUAGGCAAUGAAGUGUCUAAGGGGGAUAAAGUAAUUGAUGGUGUAGUAACUACCAAGCAAGAAAGACUCUGUGAUCGCACCCGUCUUUAUAAUUUCUGUUCUGUUGGAGAAGAGAGAGAGUGGUUACGUGAGGUCCUUUUAUCAUCUGAGUCAGAGUCUGCAAGUGAUGAUGAAACCCCUGCAGCAAAAGAAAACAGAAUUAAAAGGCUCUUGAAAGAAAGAAAGUUUCACAAUAAAUAUGUUAAGUCAUAUUACAAGGAUCCAGCUAACUCUCGGUAUAUGUACUAUGGUGCUGGUUUGCUCUCAACUGUCGAUCGCUAUCCAGAGAGACAUAUUAGCAGGCCUCCACCAGCACCUGCACGAGGUAGACGUAGGAUUACCGAUAAAAAUGUGCCUAAAGCUGUCCAAAAGCCAAGGAGAACCAAAGUCAAGGAGGAGCAGGGAGCUGAAGGAAAUGAUACUCCUGAUGGUGUAGACUGGGAAGAUCAAUUGAAACACAUAAAAGAAGAAAAUGACAAUGAUGAGUACACAAUUGCAGAGAAAUCUGGUGUUAGGGGCCGUAAAAAAGCACUCAUGGCAAAAACUCCAGAGGCAUUGACAGCGAGACGAAAGCGUCACUGGUUCCUGCUCGUUAAAAAGGAAUUGGGGAAGGUGCAGAGAGCCAGGACGGCAACACACAGAGAGACAAUCUUGCAGAGAAAGAGGCUGGCAACACUGUGCAGUAAACAUUGGAGACAUGUCGCUAUGCAGUCUCAAAAGAAUAUGAAAGAAACAGUAUGGAGAUGUAAACGGCUAAGUCGUGAGAUGCAAGCCUAUUGGAGGAGAUAUGAUCGAGCUGAAAGGGAGACGAGGAGACGAAUGGAGAAAGAGGCUGAAGAACAGAGAAAGAUGGACGUGGAACUGAUGGAAGCUAAACGGCAACGUCGCAAACUGAAUUUCCUCAUAACGCAAACUGAGCUUUACGCACAUUUCAUGCAACGUAAGCGCAAUGCUGCUGAUGAAGGCGACAGUGGAGCAGAUCAGAUUUUAAGGCAACUCGACGAAGACAGAGAUCCUAGGCUGGCUGCUAUUGAUAACUAUGAUAGUGAGGCAAUGAAAGCGCGCGCAUCUCGAAAUGCUCGUGAGGCGUUCCGCGCUGACCGUGCCCGUACUGCUGCCAUGGACGCCGCGUCUGGUGGUGAGGCGUCGCUCCCCGACUGCUCCGGCGAUCACGAUCAGCCCUCCAUAUUCCAGGGCACCCUUAAGGGAUACCAAUUGAAGGGCAUGAACUGGCUGGCCAAUUUAUAUGAUCAGGGCAUUAGUGGAAUACUAGCGGAUGAGAUGGGUCUAGGCAAGACUGUACAAUGCAUAGCCUUCUUAUGUCACGUCGCCGAACGUCUCGGUGUCUGGGGACCGUUUCUGGUGGUGUCCCCGGCGUCAACUCUUCAUAACUGGCAGCAGGAGAUGCAGAGAUUUGUCCCCGACUUUAAAGUGGUGCCGUACUGGGGUAGCCCCAGCGAACGGAAAAUCCUUCGCCAGUUCUGGGAGCGAAAAGACCUUCACACUCAGCAGGCUGCCUUCCACGUGGUCAUCACGUCUUACCAAAUAGUGGUGUCUGACUUGAAAUACUUAAACCGUGUCUCCUGGCAGUAUAUGAUCCUGGAUGAAGCUCAGGCGAUUAAAAGUUCUGCUAGUAUGAGGUGGAAGUUGCUUUUAGGAUUUAGCUGCAGAAAUAGAUUGCUCUUAUCUGGAACACCAAUACAGAACAGUAUGGCGGAGUUAUGGGCGUUGCUACAUUUUAUUAUGCCGACAUUGUUUGAUUCACACGAGGAGUUUAACGAGUGGUUUUCUAAGGAUAUAGAGAGUCAUGCUGAGAAUAAGAGCACCAUUGAUGAAAAACAUUUAUCAAGACUGCACAUGAUAUUGAAGCCGUUUAUGUUACGAAGGAUCAAAAAAGAUGUAGAAAACGAAUUGUCAGACAAAAUUGAGAUCAUGGUUCACUGCCCGCUUACGAUUAGACAAAAGUUAUUGUACAUAGCAUUGAAAAAGAAAAUUAAAAUUGAGGAGUUACUCCACUACACAAUCGGAUCAGAAUCUGGACAUAAUGUUGAUAAAAAUUUCACCUCAAACCUUAUGAACUUAGUGAUGCAGUUUAGAAAGGUUUGUAACCACCCGGAGCUCUUUGAACGCCGUGACGUCAGAUCACCGUUCGCUAUGCACGUUGACGAUUACAACAUACCAAAAUUUGUAGCAGAAGACUGCAUACUCCUUCGAAGUAUACCAUCUAAGCGACACCUAUUGUGCAAUAUAUUGAGUGUAUUAGUGUGUGAAUAUGUGCAAUUGAGUGUGAGCGAGGGAAAUAGCGAUACGUUGUUCUCUUUCACACGAUUCAUGGACCUGUCUCCGAUGGAGUUAUACCGGGUUAUGCUGUGCGGGUGGCUAUAUGCCAUACUACACAUAGAACAAUGCUUAGACACAUACGAAAAGUUGAGACAUAGACAAGACUGGUGGUACUCCGACAAAGCUGACGAUUACAAGGCAGUCCAAAGCAAGCAUUUUCUUCUGGUUUGUCCUGAUGGCGAUAUAUUGAAACGAAGGAAAGAUGACUCGCUCUUGUGGAAAGACAUGCUGUUUACAGAUCCUUUUUGGAUAACUGGUGGACCAUUCUACACACACGUCAAUCACACAAUACAUUAUAUGGCAGAGACUAUAGAGCAUAGGGCGUUGCGCUCGAGAAAUAUUAAGGAGUAUAGCGGACAGACGGAUAUGCUAAGUGAAAUAAAGACUGAAGACGGUGGAGUGAUAUCUGUUGACACUCAGCCAGUGGAAGCCGUGGAGUUUCCUCAUGUUGAGCGACCCUCGAUCGUAUAUCCCGAUGUGCCAACACCCCUGCCAGCAUUUUUGUGUACUACCCAACAAAAGGUGUGUGCGCCUACGCGGCAAUGUUUCGCCGUGUCUCGUUCGUUCGCGUACCACACGAAACGACACGCUCACUGCGAGACCCAACUCGGUAGCGAGACCAUCGCGCGUUUCGUCGAUAACACACGACCUCCAUACGGCUGGGCUUCAUUGCAGGUGCCAGACAAAAACCAACUUGUAAGCGAUGCAGGUAAGCUGACAGUGUUGGACUCACUACUAAAAAGACUGAAAGAACGGGGGCACCGAGUGCUUAUAUACAGCCAAAUGACAAAGAUGAUUGAUUUAUUGGAGGAGUACAUGUGGCACCGAAAACACAAAUACAUGCGGUUGGAUGGCUCCAGUAAGAUUUCAGCCAGACGCGAUAUGGUCGCUGAUUUUCAGGCCCGGACGGAUAUAUUCGUGUUUCUCCUAUCGACGCGCGCUGGCGGUCUAGGCAUUAAUCUCACCGCAGCCGAUACUGUGAUAUUCUACGAUUCCGACUGGAACCCAACAGUGGACCAGCAGGCCAUGGACCGCGCGCAUCGUCUCGGGCAGACCAAGCAGGUGACAGUCUACCGACUCAUCUGUAAGGGGACUAUAGAAGAGCGAAUAAUGCAGAGAGCCAGAGAAAAGAGUGAGAUUCAACGCAUGGUGAUUAGCGGUGGUAACUUUAAGCCGGAUACUCUUAAGCCGAAAGAAGUGGUUUCUUUGCUUCUAGAUGAUGAAGAAAUCGAGCUGAAGUAUCGUCAAAAGUCUGAAGAAAAGAAAAUUAUGGAGGAGCGAGAGCGCAAAAGAAAACUUGGAUUGCUACCAACGCCUUCGCCGACAGCAAGUGAAUCUAAGCGCGCCCGUGAAUCGGCUUCAGAACCAGGUAGUCCGUUGCAAGUGGACGAAGAAGCUGACCUGGUGGUGGAUGCACCGCAUUUGAUGCCUUCACCGUAUUCAGGUGGUAUGCGCACAGGCAGCUCGUGGGGUGGACCUCGUUCGUCUCGUAGUGCACGGCGCGGUCGCCCGCGUGGUUCAAGGCACACCGGGUCGCGUCGUCCUGAACCCACCACGACCCCAGACACCGCUUCGGCAAUAGCCGCCGGUGCAUUGCUAUUAGAAUCAGAUAUGCCGCUGGAGAUAGUGGAGUGCCCCGUAGCGGGAGCAGGCGGCGCUGGAGAGUGUCGUGGGCGAAGAGGUCCCGGCCGGCCUCGCUUGCGCACCGGCACCCCGAGGACGCCCUCUCGUCGCCCGCGCAGACCCCGCGAGCCAUUGCUUGUACCGCUAGCGCCGCCACCCUGA